UGCAUGUAUCAUUGUGGAACUUUUGUCAUCCCCUCCCCACAACCCCCCGUGGUGUUUCCGAUCGGAACUUAGCAUUGGGAACACAAAAUGGCGGCCUCCAUGUUACGAGUAGGACGACUGGGUUCUCUCAAGUGUCUCCAAUUGGAGAGCUGGGGAAUCUUGAGGAGUCGCCCAGCUGCUUUUUUCUGCACUCAGGUUGAAGAACCGCCAAAACCAGCAAAAAAGGCAAAGGCUGCAGGCAAGAAGAGUGCUGAGCAACUGGUGGACUGUGCUCCUGUCGUAGCUGAAGCUGCUGAAGAGGAGCUGCAGGUGGAGGCCCCUGCUGAACAGUCUGAGGAGGCUACAACAACGGUACACGUAGAGCCUGAGGAGCAUUUUGACAACAGUACGUACAAAAACUACCAGCACCACAGCUAUACCCCCUACACAUUUGCCGACCUGGAUGUAGAGAUGGCCAAGUUUCGUCUCCCUCAGCCGUCCUCUGGCAGACCCUCACCCAGACACUAGAAGAGCUGUCCUGGCUGAAACAAAUUGCUUGAAGAUGAUUGUGGUGUUUCACUUUAUGUAUGAUCAUCCCCAGAUCUUCAUUAAAUUCUGUUGUUAAAAUAUCAUAUUAAUAAAGUACCAAAUGAAUAAUGAA